CAGUAGUGAGCUGAACGUCGCAGAGAACAGUAUUAAAUCAUGUCACUUUUCGGAGGAUACCCUUUCCAGGGCCAGGGUAGAGUAAACCAGCUCGGAGGUGUAUUUAUCAAUGGUCGACCUCUACCUAAUCAUAUAAGAUUGAAGAUUAUAGAGAUGGCUGCUGCUGGAGUAAGACCUUGUGUUAUUAGUAGACAGCUCAGAGUCAGCCAUGGUUGUGUUUCUAAAAUAUUAAAUAGAUACCAGGAGACAGGAAGUAUUAAACCCGGAGUUAUUGGUGGGAGUAAACCUAGAUCUGGAGCUGAUGAUAUAGAGAAGAAGAUUGAAGAAUAUCAACAAUUAAAUCCUGGUAUAUUUAGCUGGGAGAUAAAGGAAAGACUAGUUGAGGACGGAAUAUGUAAUUUAGAAUCUGUACCUAGUGUAUCCACUAUAUCUAGAUUACUACGUGGAGAGGGAGAAGAGAAACAGAACCAUAGUAUUGAUGGAAUACUUGGACCAGGUAGUGAUGAGUCUGAUAUAGAUACUGAACCUGGUUUAACAAUAAAAAGAAAACAAAGAAGAGCAAGAACAACUUUCUCUAAUUCUCAAUUAGAACUUCUGGAAGAAUACUUUCAAAGAGCUCAAUACCCUGAUGUAUACACUAGAGAGGAGAUAGGACAAAAGACCGGAAUGUCUGAAUCUAGAAUCCAGGUUUGGUUCUCCAACAGAAGAGCUAGACUCCGUAAACAGAUCUCCGGAGGAGUUAGUUCUGUAUCCCCUGUAUCCCAGUAUCAGGAUACAUCAUCCUACUACUAUAAUUACAAUUAUAAUCCUUUAGUUAACAUGUAUCAAGACUAUUCUCAGUACGGAUUCUUCUCUCAUCACCAACCCCAACCUGGAGUAGUGCCUGGAGUAUUACCUGGAGUAGGACUAGGAGGAGCAGAGUUUGCUGAGAACAAAUAUUUCAGUCAACUUGCUUCAGGAAGAGCGUAAACAAUAUCAUUGUAAAUUAUACCUUUCUCAAUUGUGAUAAUAACUGUAUAUUUAUCUUUUAAUAAUAAAAUGUAAGUUCUGAA